UGGGGUUACCUAAUCACAAAUUUAAUGUUGCUUAGGUUUGAAUGUUAAACUCGGGGAAGAACCUACAAUGAGUGCCGCAUGCACGCCUGAAAAUUGGAGAAUUUCUCUAGGAAUGCGUAAUAACCUGGUAUACAAUGAUAUUCCUUAUAUUCCUAUGAGGGUUGAAGCCAUUUCCAUAUAUCUCUCCUUCAAAGAUUAUCAAGAGAAUGGUAUUAAAAGAAUACAAACUUUGGGUGAACUCGUUCCAAAGACUGAAUCACGUGCCAUGCUUUUAUCUCUAACACCAGGAAAUAGUUCUGAAUUUCCUGUUUCUUUCGAGAACUUAAGUGUCAGGGAUAUAUAUAUUAAGAAUUCAGACAAUACAUAUUGUGCACUUUGGGAAAAAUAUACUGUCUUUAAAGUAUAUGGUACUUUGAAGUCCGAAGAAUCAGGGCACGUGUUAGAAACUAGUCACCUGGUACCAGUACAUGAUAUUGUGGGUACUUGGAAUUUAAUGACUAUGUUAAUUCCAAUAGCCCGUUCUGAAUAUCGCCAGUAUUACCGUACUCAAGGACAAAAUAGUAUGUUACAAUCACAAUGGGACCAAAUGAAAGGAGGGAAAAAACGUUUAGUGAAAGAAACUACUAAAUAA